AUGGGACUGCUCUCGACAUUCAUGGCCGACCCGGUCGCGCUCACGCCGCGCGAGGCGGCAUCCGGCAUCCUCGGCUCAGUGUCUAUGACUUGCUGGAUCUUCCUUCUGGUCCCCCAACUCAUCGAAAACUACCGCAACGGCAACGCGGAAGCAAUCUCUCUCCUCUUCGUCUUCGUGUGGUUCGUCGGCGACAUUGCCAAUCUACUCGGCGGGCUGCUUGCGGGGCUUGUGCCGGUCAUUCUGGCGAUCGCGGUCUACUUCUGCAUUGCGGACGGCAUCCUGAUCGGGCAAUGUUUGUACUACAAGGCGAAGAAUGCCCGUGCGAAGGCUCGCCAGCGCCGCCGUUCUUCCACCGAGACGGCGGACCCGACGACUCCGCUGCUGGGUCGCCGGUUCAGCGAUUCGUUGGCGGCGGGGCAGGGGCGCCGGCGUUCGUCCGGCUCGCUGCGCGGGUACCAGGCUACUGGUCGGCGCGAGAGCCAGGCUGAGGAUCCAUUGGCUAAGAUCGUAGAGGAGAACGAGUAUGGGCGCAAGGCGUGGGUGAAGAACACGCUUAGUGUGCUGGGUAUCUUUCUUAUCGGUGCUGCGGGCUGGACGGUGGCCUGGCAGACUGGGAUGUGGGUGCCGGCGCCGCAGGAGGCUCCUCAUGCGCCUGAUGCGGCUACGGGAGGUCAGAUCCUGGGUUAUGCUAGCGCGGUGCUCUAUCUUGGCGCGAGGCUCCCGCAGAUCUACAAGAACUACUGCGACAAGUCGUGUGAAGGCCUGUCGCUGCUCUUCUUCAUUCUUUCCCUUUUGGGCAACUUGACCUAUGGCGCUGGGAUCAUCGCUCACUCCACCGAGCGAGAGUAUAUCAUCACUAAUCUUCCCUGGCUCAUUGGUUCCCUGGGCACUAUGGUUGAAGAUGCGACUAUCUUCGCUCAGUUCCGCAUCUAUGCUGCCGCGCCCCCAUUGGCAGUCUCAUGA